AUGACUGAAGAUGCCUUACUGAAUGAGCUGUGUGCUAUCUGCCAUAUUAACCGACCAAAAUACAAAUGCCCACGAUGCACCAUCCAGACCUGUUCUCUGGCUUGUGUCAAGCGUCACAAGCUUUGGUCGCAAUGCUCGGGCACUCGGGACCCCGCAGCAUACAGGAAGCGUCAUCAGCUGGCAACUCCAUCCUCCUUCGACCAAGACUUCAAUUUUAUCACCCGUGUUGAGAGGACAAUUGAGCGUGCCGGCGACGAAGCACAAGAGCGUGGCAUAGCGUUGAGCGAGGAGAGACGAAAACGCGUGAAAGGAGAGGCUCGCCGAGAUGUAGAGAUAGGCCAGAGGGGUGCCAUUGUACUGAGAGCGCCCCCCGGAAUGUCGCGGGCUCUGCAGAACAAGUCAAAAUGGGACAACAGGCACAAAUGUCUUCUCUGGACAGUUGAAUGGAUCUUGGAGAACGGAUCAAGAGUGUUUGGCAACUGUCAAGAAACACGGACCAUCACAGAGGCGUUCACCAAUGCCGUUGGCAGACGCAAGGUGCAAAGCCAGCAGGCUCCUGCCUCUACGGCCACGCUCAAAGCACAAGAUGUAAAUUUAGUUGGGCAUGAGAAAUCAACUUCAAGUACCGGACACCACUUUUACUUGCAUCGUCCAAAUCUACCGUCUAAUGUCAGAUGCGUUAUUCCCCUUCAGCCUGACGCUGUGAUCAAGGAUGUUAUCCAGGAUAGGGUUCUCAAUGAAUUUCCAACCAUUUUCGUCCUUGGUGCUUCCAAGGAGAAGCUACAGAAGCCCUUUAUCACCGAAGAGGAAUACAUGGAGAAGCGUGGAAGUGGCCCGCCAACCAUUGUGCCAGGAGGGCCGAUGGCAGGCCGGACAGCAGAUGAUCGUGGGGAGGGCUUAGAUGGUCUACGAUCAGCUCAGGAGCUCAAUGAGAGACAGAUUAAGGAGGUUUUACAGAAGGACUUAGGAACAUGA